GACACGCCCCCCUUGAUAUGCCCUCGAUUAACGUCAAAACAGGAAAAUACAGCGACACUUUCAGCUUGUAAUGACAGUGUUGGUGGGAUUGGCCUCUUGGUAGAUGCAGUGACUGUGAACCGGAGCCUAACAGGGUCUCGACAAAUUCCUCAGCAUCAUCGCCGAGCCGUGUGUGUGUGUGUGAGGGAAAGAGAUCAUUGCUGAGCCGUGUGUGUGUGUGAGGGAAAGAGAUCAUUGCUGAGCCGUGUGUGUGUGUGAGGGAAAGAGAUCAUCGCUGAGCCGUGUGUGUGUGUGUGAGGGAUAGCUAUGCCGCCUCAGCCGGCCACACAGACCCGUGUCCUGGUCCUCAACCACAUGGAGAAGCUGGAGAGAACCCUCUUCCGCCUGGACCAAGGUUUUGAGCUCCAGUUCCGCCUGGGCCCCACCCUCCAGGGGAAGCAUGUCCAGGUGAGCACCAACUACCCCGCCCAGGGGGAGCGCUUUGAGCGCGACACCUUCCGCACGCUGGCCUGGGUCAACCCUGCCGGUCUCCAUGACGACUCCGACAAGUUCUGCAGCCUGGAGCUGCAGGUGUCCGGGUCGUACCAGUAUCACUUCAACAACGGGGGUGAAGAGAAGUCGGGCGGGGGCUACAUCGUGGUGAACCCAGCGCUGCACGUGGGCCCAGACAACCACGUCCUCCCACUGGACUGCAUCACCAUCCAGACAUACCUGUCCAAGUGUCUGGGUCACCUGGGAGACUGGCCCGACCGCCUGCGAGUCGCCAAGGAGACGGGGUACAACAUGAUCCACCUGACCCCGGUGCAGACCCUGGGAGAGUCCCGGUCCUGCUACUCCCUGGCCGACCAGCUGGAGCUGAACCCGGACUUCUCUCCCCCGGGAGAGAGGCUGUCCUGGGGGGACGUGGGCCGGCUGGUGGAGGGCCUCCGCAGGGACUGGGGCGUGGCCUGCAUCACUGACGUGGUUUACAACCACACAGCCUCUAACAGCAUGUGGAUCAGGGAGCACCCAGAGUGUGGCUACAACAUGACCAACUCCCCCCACCUGCGCCCCGCCUGGGUGCUGGACCGGGCCCUGUGGCACCUGACCUGCGAGGUGGCGUCCGGCCGGCACGCGGAGGCGGGGCUCCCUGCCCUGGUGCAGCACCAGCAGCACCUGGACGCCCUGCGGACAGUCCUGUGGAAGGAGGUGUUCCCCAGACUCAAGCUGUGGGAGUUCUUCCAGGUCAGAGUGGAGAACGCUGUGGAUCAGUUCAGAACCCUGCUGCAGAACGGUGCUAAACCAGACCAUAAUAAGACAGGAAGUAAGCCGCAACUCAGGAUUAUCCAGGACCCUCACUACCGUCGCUAUGGCAACACAGUGGAUAUGAACACCGCCCUAGCAACCUUCACUCCUCACGACACCAGCCUCUUCGCUGUAGAGGAGUGUUGUGGUUGGCUGCGUCGCCGUCUGGAGGAGAGCAAUGGAGACCAGUACCAGCUGAUGCAGCAGCACCACGAGCAGGCAGUGAACUGUAUUGUGGGUAAUGUACUGUACGAGCGUCUGGCUGACCAUGGUCCUAAACUGGGUCUUGUGAGCAAGAAGCAUCCUCUGGUCACCAGGUACUUCACCUUCCCGUUCCCAGAGCAGCCCCUGGAGGCGGAGCUUAGACUGCUGGACAAGCCUGAAAAGGCGUGUCACUUCCUGGCUCACAACGGCUGGGUGAUGGGAGACGACCCGCUACGCAACUUUGCUGAGCCAGGAUCCAACGUGUACCUAAGGAGAGAGCUGAUUUGCUGGGGCGACAGCGUGAAGCUUCGCUAUGGCGACGGCCCGGAGGCCUGUCCCUACCUGUGGGCUCACAUGCAGAAGUACACUGAGAUCACUGCCAAGCACUUCGCUGGCGUCCGAUUGGACAACUGCCACUCCACCCCUCUGCACGUCGCCGAGGCCAUGCUAGCCGCUGCCAGAGUGGUCAGACCCAACCUGUAUGUGAUAGCGGAGCUGUUCACAGGAAGUGAGCUCAUAGACAACGUGUUUGUGAACCGCCUGGGCAUCACCAGCCUGAUACGAGAGGCUGUGAGUGCAGGGGACAGCCAUGAGGAAGGCCGGUUGGUCUACCGCUACGGGGGAGAGCCAGUAGGAGGGUUAGUCCAGCCCAGUCUCCGCCCCCUGGUCCCCUCCAUCGCUCACGCCCUCUUCCUGGACGUCACCCACGACAACGAGUGUCCCAUACAGCUGAGGUCGGUGUGGGACUCCCUGCCCAGCUCUGCCAUCGUCUCCAUGGCGAGCUGUGCUACCGGCUCCACCAGGGGCUACGACCAGCUGGUCCCUCACCAGAUCUCGGUGGUGGAGGAGGAGAGGUUGUACCCCAGGUGGAGCGCGGAGCCCUCGUCCCCAGGAGAGGUGAACCUGCAGUCGGGCAUCAUGUCAGGGAAGCUGGCCCUCAACCGCCUGCACCAGGAGCUGGCUGCCCAGGGCUUCACACAGGUGUACGUAGACCAGGUUGAUGAAGACGUUGUGGCCGUGACUCGUCACUGUCCCAGUAGCCACCAAUCAGUGGUCGCCGUGUGUCGUACCGCCUUCCGGAACCCCAAAACCCACCAAUACCGUGACGAGGUCCCGCCCAUGUUCAUACCUGGGAAGAUCGAGGAGGUGGUGUUGGAGGCGAGGACAGUUGAAAGGCAUGCUGGGACAUACAGGAAGGAUGAAAGCUACAUCAACGGGAUGCCAGAGUACACUGUGGAGAUCAGAGAGCACAUCCAGCUGAAGGACAGUGAUGUGGUGAGGCAGGCUGGGGUCACGUCUAAAGGCAGCAGUGAGUUUGUCCAGGAGAUCCUGUUUGAAAAGCUCACACCAGGCAGCGUGAUUGCCUUCAGGGUGAGUCUGGACCCCAAGGCCCAGCAGGUGGUUGGGAUUCUGAGGCGUCACCUGGUCCAGUUCAGCCCCAAGUUCCUGCCUGGCAGUCUGGACGACCUGAACACACCUGCAGCCCUGAAGACCCCACUGGCCCAGACCAUGUCCCAGCUGUCUCUGGCAGACAUCAACAUGCUGCUGUUCCGUUGUGAUGCUGAGGAGCAGGAGGACGGAGGAGGGUGCUACGACAUCCCCUCCUGGAGCAGCCUGAAAUACGCAGGCCUGCAGGGGGUGAUGUCGGUGCUGGCUGACGUCCGUCCCCAGAACGACCUGGGUCACCCCUUCUGUGACAACCUGCGUCAGGGGGACUGGAUGAUGCAGUACAUCAGCAGCAGACUGGAGGCCCGCGGGGGGGCGCUGGGGGAGGUGGGGGGGUGGCUGGCGGCCAUGUUUGACUACCUGAAGCACGUUCCACGCUACCUCAUCCCCUGCUACUUCGACGCCAUCAUGGUGGGCAUCUACACCACCGCCCUGGACCAUACCUUUAGCUGCAUGUCAAGCUUCAUCCAGCAGGGCUCCACCUUCGUGCGGCUCCUGGCUCUGGGCUCCGUCCAGAUGUGUGGAGUGAGUCGUGUCCCGGCCCUCCCCCCUCUCUCCCCCAUGCUCCGGGACGUCCCCCAGCGCCCCAGCCCCCUCACAAACACCCCGGAGCAGUGCUGCCCCUCGCUGGCCGCAGUUGGCUGCCUAACCCCGAUGCUGUGCUGUGAUUGGCUGUGUCCCCAGGCCCCAGAGCUGUUCAGUGUGAAGAAGGCGUGGCAGGCUCUGGAGGUGGCAGAGGAGAAGCUGCUGGGGCCGCUGGGCAUGAAGACCUUGGACCCCGAUGACAUGGUGUACUGUGGUGUCUACGACAACGCCCUGGACAACGACAACCUGGCCAGAGGCUUCAACUACCACCAGGGACCGGAGUGGCUGUGGCCUGUAGGGUACUUCCUGCGAGCUAAGCUGUACUUCUCCAGGAAGCUGAGUGAGGAGGCGUACGAGCAGACAGUCCUGCUGGUGAAGAACCUGCUGUCACAGCACUACGUCCACCUGGAGAGGUCACCCUGGAAGGGUCUUCCUGAACUGACCAAUGAGAACGGCCAGUACUGCCCCUUCAGCUGCGAAUCACAGGCCUGGUCCAUCGCCACGGUGCUGGAAGUCCUCCACGACCUGUGACGCAUCACUUCCUGUAGACUGACAGCCGCAUCCUGUUCAGCUUCCUGGUCUUACAUGCUGUAGCCCAUCCCCCUCGUGUCUAGACGUGUGUUUUUUUGUUUACAUGUCCUUUCCAUGGCUCCCACAGAGCUGUGUGUGGUGGAGGGGGUCGGCGUAACGAAGGCUCAGACAGGAAGCUAGCUAAAUACUUCCUGAUAGGUCGUCCAAUCGGCUUAAGUUUCUACAGAAUCACAUCCAAUCAGAGCCUCUGUACUCCAUGACACACCCACAUAUU